AUGGCUCCCUCGAUAGCUGCUGUGACGCCGUGGGCGACGGCGGCGGAUGGUCUACUGACGAAACGAGGUGGAGGAAAAUACCAACAGCCCUUUGCCACAAGGCCUAUCAGCGUCAUCAUCGCCUUGAUUUCUUGUUGCAUUCUCGCCUGCUUCACCAGUAUGCUCUCGGCUUCCCCGAUCGAACCUCCUCUCCAAGCCGCAAGGAUUUUUCUUCCAUCUACAGUCGUUCUGUCAAUCUAUUUCACGUCAUUUACCUUUGUGUUUGGUUCCUCCGUUCUGCAGUUUGGAUUCGGCUCGGAGCUCAACUACGCGACGUGCUCGGCAGCGACGUUUCUCUGCCUCGGCGCAUAUGUGGCGACCAAGGUGUUCAUAUACCUGUUCUUGGUCGAUCGAGUGCACAUCGUUCGAGAUUCGAGUACGCCCCGUCUUCGAUCGAAGCUUUACCUGCUCAACUCUUUCGGCAUGAUGGGAGUAUACAUCGUGAUUGUGAUCCUAAACUUUAUCUUUCGUAUUACGGACUACGAUAGUGGCAUGUGCGUCAUUGGGAUGAAACAACCCGUCAUGAUACCCCUGAUAGCAUUCGACGCCUUCGUCAACAUCUACCUCACCCUCCUCUUCCUCGUCCCAUUAUUAAAACUCUACUCGGUCAAGCUCACUUUUGCCAGACCCAUGACGGUUCAUACGCACUCGGUGAGCAUGCCAAGAACGGCACCAAACAUCAGGCUUCAGAGGCUGGCCAUGAGAACCUUUAUCGGCUCCUGCUGCACACUCGUGAGCAGCGUCACAAAUCUCACCGUCCUGAUGGUGUUGAACGGUGAGGUUUCGUGGCUAUGUCUGAUGUGCUGUAACAGUGACAUCCUCUUCUCGGCGAUCGUAAUACAAUGGGUGACGGCAAACGACCACGCCGCAUCGAGAAAAGUAGAAAAGAGGUCAAGGCCGAGGAAGGAUCCCAUGUCCGCCGUGACGGGCUCCUCCGACGAAACUGCCGUGGCGUUCCUGGGGAGGGCGCAGGCCAAGUCGCCGCAAUGGGAGCCUACGCUGGAGGGGAGAUUUACUAGAUCGGAGAUGAUGAGGUUGGACCUUGUAAGGCCAGAUGAAGGAAAGCGACGCAAUUCAAUAUCGUGA